AUGCCCGCUCCGCUGCUCCCGCUGCUGCUGCGAACGCUGCUGGCCCGCCUGCUGCUGCCCGCUGCCCGCCUGGCCCGUCGGCACCUCCUGCCUCUGCUGCGCCGGCUGGCCCGCCGCCUGGGCUCCCAGGAUAUGCGAGAGGCUUUACUGGGCUGUCUGGUGUUCCUCCUCAGCCAGAGACACCCACCAGAUGAUGCCGCCGCUGCCGGGGAGGCCUCCAGAGUGGCCCGCCUGGAGAGGAGGGAGAGGAUAGUUUCUCAAAAAUGA